AUGCCAUCAGAACAGCGGCGUCCUGAGUGGGCCCUACAGACCAAGGGGAGCUAUGGAGGCACUGACAGGACAGAUGCAUUAUGGGCAGAAAUGCAGGCCACACUGGAGAAGGUGGAAUUAUCUGCCUCGGAAGGCACUCACGUAUUUGGACCUGAGCACGACCGCAAACUAAGAGAACUGCGAACUGCUCAAAUCGUACUUGCACAGGCCUGGGCCAGAAGUGAAGCAGACGAUACCAUAGAGACUGCUCUGCGUGACCAUAUGAAUGACGACAAGGGUGAUGAACUACCUAAUCUACGAGACGGGCUACUGGACUCGUCAAGGCCUGAGAGGGGAGAAGGGACUGAUGCCGCAAAGAGCAUGAUGGGCACAUCAAGUGGAUGGCAAGGAAGUGACGAAAAAAGAGCAGACCGGCUAGGGGCAAAGUUGGUAGAGGAAACGGAGGCCGACAUUCUACUCGCGAGAAAGCGACGAGAGGCCAACGAUGAAUAUUUUGAGCGCGUCAAUGACGGUGUCAUCGACGUUAUUGCUAAACUUGAAUCAGUAGCAGUGGCCAUGCGAGCAGUAGAGGAAGAGACCAAAGAUUUAUGGAAUGAUGCUGCCAGUCCUCAGGCUAAGUAG